AAAAAUAAAUAAAUCAUUACCAGACAAAAACUCCAUCGAUUUGCUCAAUUGGAUUCUCUCUCUCCCUCUCCCUCUCUCCCUCAUAUAGAUUGUUAACAGUACCCACUCUACCUCCUAAAUUCGCAGGUAUUGAUUACAGUACCCUCUCUUCCUCUUUGUUCAUUUCAUAGGUGAGAAUCAUAUACUCACAUAACCCUAAUUUUUCUCCCCUGCCGCAGUCACUCACAACACCUAUCCUCAGCCAGCAUCAGCCGACUUCAGCCACACCGCUCACUGUCUUACUCUCCUUCGUAGUUAGCUUGCUCCGGUUCAAGUCUACCACCGACUCCACCCAGCGAGCUGCCAGCCAGCGUCCCCGACGCCACUCCGCGUUGGUAUCUUCAUCUUCGGUUAGUUUACACAUGGCUUCCUCCCUUGUAAAAAUCGGUGCAACUAAACUGGAGCUGAGCAGCUCCCAUUAAAGUGGGGUUUGGGAAAAAGGUAGGGUUUUGAGUGGUUUUGGUUUGCAAUGGUGGAGAGGAGGAAGCCUCUGGUGCUAUCUUCCACCAAAUUCCUUAUUCAUUCCGUAUGUUCGUCACGACUCAGUGAAGGAGACCAAGUCUUGGUCACUGCUGACGACAAGCCGCUCAAGGAUAACGAGUCUGGGGGCUUCUUGUUGCGGGCAGGGAUUCUCAAAUUCUCGAGGAACGAUGAACACAUUUUGGACCCCAAAUUGGUUUCUCUCGACGACGCUGCUUUGGUCGGGCUCUCAACCUCUGCUCUUAAACGGCUGUCAAUAACUUCGGGCUCGCUGUUGCUCAUCAAGAAUAUCGAGACAAAUGUGCAAAAAAUUGCCCAGGCUGUUGUUUUGGAUCCUCCAGGAAUGCAAGUUUCACCUGGUUUUAGAUUAUCUACAUACCGUACAAUGCUUGUAUUCCCUUCGGUUACUUUCUCUCAAAAUGGUUGUCUGCCGCUGGACGAUGAAGUUGCCUAUCUGUCUCCACUUUUGGCAUUCAAUCUUGACUUGCACAUAUCAUGCUUGAAAUCUCUCAUUUACGGAGGGCAAGAAACUUUAGCGUCGUACUUCCAAGCUAAAGUAGACGAGGAUUUGUCUAGGGAGGCAAUUGAGUGUUCUGUGAUUAGUGUAGGGUUGAAGCCAGUGGAUCAGUUUCCUAGAUAUGCUUCACACUUGAGGGCUUCUUUUGUGAAGAUACCGGAAUGUGGUAUCCUUGAAUCUCUCAAAGGAAGUUCAUCUAUUGAAGCUGAAGAUCGUCAAGAUAUGAUUGAUUUGGCACUGCAGAACUACUUUGAAGUGGAUAGAUAUCUGGCAAGAGGUGAUGUUUUCAGAAUUUACAUAAAUUGGAAAUGUAAUUCAAUAACCUGCAUUCCUUGCAACCAGAAGUCACAAAAUAGUGGUGAUAACUUUAUCUACUUCAAGGUUGUGGCCAUGGAACCAUCAGAGGAACAACUUCUUCGAGUCAAUAGCACCCAAACUGCCCUUGUGCUUGGGGGGAGUGUUCCUUCUGCUGUUCCCCCAGAUUUGUUAAUUGCUGGACCAAAAAGUUUUGCUCCUUUGCAAGGGGACACAGUGAAAGUUUUGGCCUCUGUUCUUACACCAGCUCUUUGCCCAUCAUCUCUGUCUUCUAAGUUCAGAGUUUCUGUUCUUUUAUCUGGAUUGGCAGGAUGUGGAAAGAGGACCGUGGUCAAAUAUGUUUCUCGUCGAUUGGGCCUGCAUGUGGUGGAAUAUAGCUGUCGAAGUCUAAUGGCAUCUGAGAGAAAAGCUUCGGUUGCUCUAGCCCAAGCUUUCAACACAGCCCAAAGAUACUUGCCCACAAUUCUUCUUCUCCGCCAUUUUGAUGUUUUCCGAGAUUUAGGCUCUCAUGAGGGUUCACCAAAUGAUCAAUUAGGUGUCACUUCAGAAGUUGCAUCGGUUAUUCGAAAGUACACCGAGCCAGUCAAUGAGGAUGACGGCACUAAUUCUAAAGGAGAACCUAAUGGUGGUUUUCAUAUGAAGGUGUUGCUAGUUGCAGCUGCUGACAGUUCUGAAGGUCUACCAUCAACUAUAAGGCGUUGCUUCAGUCACGAAAUAAGUAUGGGUCCUUUGACGGAGGAACAAAGGGUUGAAAUGCUGUCCCAGUCGCUGCAAAGCAUUUCCAAGCUCCUGCCAGAUGCUGGCUCAGAGGAUUUUAUCAAGGAAAUUGCUGGGCAGACAUCUGGUUUCAUGCCCAGGGAUAUGCACGCUUUAAUUGCUGAUGCUGGUGUAAACUUAAUUCCCAGGGUCAAUGUUCCACAUCAAAAGGUUGAGCCCAAGGAAGUUGAUGGUAACCCAUCUGAAGUUGUGCCCCAAGAUUUGGGUAAAGAAGACCUGACUAAAGCAUUAGAACGAUCAAAGAAAAGGAAUGCAUCAGCAUUGGGCACUCCAAAGGUUCCCAAUGUGAAGUGGGAAGAUGUCGGUGGGCUAGAGGAUGUGAAGAAAUCAAUAUUGGAUACUGUUCAGUUACCUCUGCUGCACAAGGAUUUAUUCUCAUCUGGGUUGCGUAAGCGAUCUGGUGUUCUUCUGUAUGGUCCUCCUGGAACAGGGAAAACUUUGUUGGCGAAAGCUGUUGCAACUGAGUGUUCCCUAAACUUUCUCAGUGUAAAAGGGCCUGAGCUGAUCAACAUGUAUAUUGGAGAAUCCGAGAAAAAUGUUCGAGACAUUUUCCAGAAGGCAAGAUCAGCACGCCCAUGUGUUAUCUUCUUUGACGAGCUUGAUUCUCUUGCUCCAGCUCGAGGGGCCUCUGGAGAUUCUGGGGGUGUAAUGGACAGAGUGGUUUCUCAGAUGCUUGCAGAGAUCGAUGGCCUAAAUGAUUCAUCACAGGACCUGUUUAUAAUAGGGGCAAGCAACAGACCAGAUCUAAUUGACCCAGCACUUCUACGGCCUGGCAGAUUUGAUAAGCUGCUAUAUGUGGGAGUUAAUUCUGAUGCAUCUUAUCGGGAGCGGGUCCUCAAAGCACUUACACGAAAGUUUAAAUUGCAUCAAGAUGUAUCACUUUACUCGAUAGCAAAGAAAUGCCCCCCAAACUUCACGGGAGCAGACAUGUAUGCUUUAUGUGCAGAUGCUUGGUUUCAUGCUGCAAAACGCAAGGUUUUGGGUGUUGAUUCAGAUUCUUCUCACACUGAUGAUCAAGCAGACUCUGUUGUUGUCGAAUACAAUGAUUUUGUGAAGGUCUUAGAAGUGCUUUCUCCUUCCAUCUCCACAGCUGAGCUUAAGAGAUACGAGUUGCUACGGUCUCAGUUUGAAGGAGCCUCGAAAUGAAUUCCCGGUAAAGCAAUGUAAGCGGUCUGUAUUGCACAGAUAUGAGCACAGUGCAAGGGCCUACCUCAAUCUUCUCUUCAUAUAUGUUUUUGUUUUUGCAAUAAUUUGAAUCUGCCUUUAUUCUUAUACGACGAAGGGCAUCAACAAACCAGUGAUCGCAUCUUGUUGUACUGGUAUAUCAUGGAUGACAUCUUGUUGCAUCAUAGACAUCCAGUUGUGUUGCACAAAAUGCUGUCAUUAUUUUAGAAACCAGUGAUCGCAUCGUUGUCACAUAGAAAUCUCAAUAUGAUUUAUUUUAUGCAUGUGCUGACAUUUGGUUUCAAGACUCCAGUGAUGGGGUUAAAAGAUUAGACAAUAAAAUAAUUUUCAUUUUUCUUU